UCCUGCUUUCUGUCUCUCCAUCUUCUACAUCCUGCUGGGUGACAGAGACCAAUGAAUAAGGACAGUUGAAAAGUACUGCUGGGGUGGAGAUGGAACUUGCGGCUCUUCAGUUGUGGUGGGAACACCAUUCCUAUCACCCCUUGACCAUUGGCCAGCCUGGAUGAGCUGAUGAGGCCUGUCACACUCCUCAAGUUUCAGCAUCAUCGACACAGAGGCUCCAGUGGUUUUCAGAGGUGACAAGGCUGCCCAGUUUGGUUAUCGUGUCAUCCAGACAAGAGUGAAUGGAAUGCCAGGGUUGGUUGUGAGUGCUCCACUGUCGGGCAAUCGAACAGGGUCCCUUUUUCGCUGCUCAUAUGGCACAAAGAUGUGCCAGCAGGUGGUUCUCCAUCAGGAAUACGUCCCUGGAAUAUCUCUGGGCCUCUCACUAGCAGCUGAUGAAGCAUCUGAUUCCAGUUUAAUAGCCUGUGGUCCAACGUGGGAGCGCCGGUGCGGGAACUUUGAUUAUCUGAAUGGCAUCUGCUACACCUUGAGUAGCUUUACCCAAAAUGCCAAAGUGAGCCGUCCAGGUUUCCAAGAGUGCGUCUCCGGUGUGGAUGCCGUGAUCCUGUUUGAUGACUCGGGGAGCAUCGGGGAUAGAGACUUCAACAUCAUGCAGAACUUCUUCUUGAGGUUCAUGGAUUCUGUGGCCGAUGUGGAUGUGCAGUUUGCGGUGGUCCAGUACUCCACUGCACCCUACCUUGUUUUCGACUUUGCCCAGUAUAACCAAACUGGAGGUAAGGUGAAGCAGCAGCUCUACCAGAUCCAGCGUGUCCGAGGAAAUACCUACACCCCAACUGCAAUCCAGUUUGUGGCGAAUGAUGUUUUCACGCCUGAACGUGGCAUGCGACCUCACAGCAAGAAGCUCCUCAUUGUGCUGACGGAUGGCGUCUCCAAUGACUUUCGUACCACGUUUGAAGAUGCUGCAAAGGCAGCAGACAGAAAAGGCAUAAUCCGCUAUGCGAUCGGGGUUGGUCAGAUGUUCCUUACAGCUCAACAAGAGCUGCGCGAAAUCGCUUCCUCUGCUGAAAAUAUUUUCCCUGUUGGAAGCUUUGCAGCACUUAAUACACUUCAGAAGCAGCUGAAGGAUAAGAUCUUUGCCAUUGAAGGCACCUCUGGAGCAUCACCAGGUAGCUCAUUUCAGCAAGAGCUUUCACAAGGCGGAUUCAGCACCCUUCUCAUCCCGGAGCACGUGGUGUCUGGGACUGUGGGGGCUUACGGCUGGUCCGGAGGUCUGGAGGAGGCGUCCUUGAAAGACCCUCCCCAGGUCAGUUUCCUGAACAUAUCCCAAGAGGCCUUCAAGGACUCCUAUCUGGGCUACACAGUGGCUCUAGCUCACCGUGGCCAGCUGACCUUUUACGUGGCUGGAGCUCCGCGAUACCAGCACGUCGGGAGGGUCGUGGUUUUUGGAAGCCAGCACGGACGAAUGAUAGGGAGCGCAUGGGGCAAGCAGGUGGGUUCUUAUUAUGGUGCUGAGCUCUGCUCUGUGGAUCUGAAUACAGAUGGAAACACUGACCUCAUUUUGAUUGGGGCUCCGCUUUACUACAACAGGAUGCAAGGCGGGCUAGUUGACGUCUGCUCCAUCAACAACCUGGGAGCCCUGGCUCGCCUUCAGACAGUUGGUGGAGUCCCGGGCGAUGGACUAGGCCGUUUUGGGGCUGCAAUUGCCUCACUAGGGGACGUGAGCGGAGAUGGCCUUGCAGAUGUAGCAAUCGGGGCCCCCAUGGAGGAUGAAGAUCGCGGGGCUGUUUAUAUCUUCCUCGGAGCAAAGGACCGGCUGAAGGAACUGCACAGCCAGCGGAUUGCUGCCAAAUCUCUCUCUUCCACGCUUCAAUUUUUUGGCCAGUCCAUCCAGGGAAGGAUGGAUUUGAGUGGGGAUGAACUGACCGACAUCACCAUCGGAGCGCUAGGAAAUGCAGUGCUACUUCGGUCCCGUCCCGUUUUCACCAUAAUCUCUUCCCUGAGCUUUUCGCCUCCCUCCAUCCCCCUGGAGGACCCAAACUGCGGAAGUGGGAAGGUUUCAGGAUCCAGUACCCGUGGGACCCUCAGUCUUUGCUUCACCCUGGAACUUAUCAGCACAAAAUGGAGUCACGGUGACCUGCAAGCCACGAUCUCCUUUCACCUCCAGUCUGAUGCUGCCCAGUUCAGCACUGCCCAGUCUCUGCCACGCCUCACGCUAGACAAUGAGGCCCCCAGCAGCUCGGGAACCGUCCAGGUUGGGCUUACGCCGAUCUGUAUUAACAAAACUCUCCAGGCUCAGGCCUGUCUGGAUGAUACCUUCACUCCUGUUGUGCUGUGGGCAGAUUUCUCUGUUCAGGAACAGCCAGAAGCCUCUUCUGGCCUACGGCCCGUCCUUGACCCUGAGACUAACACAUCCACCAUGAUCAAGGUUCCCUUCAAGCAAGACUGUGGACCCGAUGACAUUUGUGUGGCCGAUCUUCGGGUCUCCUUCAAUUUUUCGGGGUCAAAAGGUCUUCCGCUGAGUCCAAAUUUCAUACUAAACUUAACAGUGAAACUUGAGAAUAUUGGAGAAACAGCAUAUGAGCCAGCCCUUUUCUUGUACUACUCCCAAGUUUUAUCCUUCCAGGGGGCUUCUGUUCUUCAGUCUAACUGGCGCCUGUCCCCGGUUUGUAACAUGCACGAACCCCAAGGAAACACGUCCACCCGGCAAAGCUCCUGCCGCUUCAGCCCGCCAGCUCUCAAGAGAGGCACCCAGGCCUUCCUCCGACUCUCCUUCCGCUCCUCCCAGGGUGACUCCUGGCCUGAUAAGCUUGUUUCCUUCGUUGUCCAAGCGCGCAGUCAGAAUGAGAAUGAGACGCUGGGCGCCAACGAGGCCACAGGCCAGCUGCCGGUGCUCCACCCGGUCAACGUCAUUGUCAAGAGGCUCGAGUCCACAACAUACCUCAAUUUCUCUACAGAGUCCCCAGAGAAGAAGCUGCUUACACAUGCCUAUGAGGUGAGAAAUAUAAACAGAAUCGCCACCCCAGUCAACGUGACCUUUGAACUCCCCUUAAAAAAUGAACUGGGGUUCUUCUGGAAUGUUACCCCAGUCCACAGUGAUGUCAAGAAGCAGUUCUCAUGCACACCACUAUUCACUCUCAGGACGGGAUUCAAGGCAAAAGACCUCGAAGGACUGACCACUCGAGGGUGCCUGGGGGCCUCUGUCUGCACCAAGGUUACGUGCCAGAUCACCAGUCUCUCGAAGGAACAGUGGGUGCAGUUCAAUUUUUCCGGGGAAUUUUACAGACAGGACAACUCUGCCACGCUGCGCUCCCAGAAGCUCUAUCUUUGCAGUGAGGCUUCCGUGGUGGUUGAUGAGACCAGGUUUUUCCAGAAUCAGCCGAAGGAAUUCCAUGUCAGCCAGAUCAGCACCGAACUGGAGCUCAUUUCGCCGUUCAACCCCGUCCCCAUCAUCAUCGGCAGCACCUUUGGAGGCUUACUGGUCUUAGCUAUCGUGGCGGCAGCCUUAUAUAAGUUUGGAUUCUUUAAACGCAACCGGGUGCCUCACCCUGAUGAAAGCCCCGGAGGACAAGCGGUCUCCACGGAACAGCCCCCUCCAGAGCAAGCCGCUGCAGCAUCAAGUAGCUCCUAAGAGGGAACACAGGUGGUGAUCGUGGCUUGAGAACCAGGAUGCCUCGGUCUUCUGGGACAGGACUGGGGUGAAUAGAUUUGGGGGUUUAUAGACCAGACUAUUAAUGUGCAAGCCCCAUGCCUCAUUUGCAGAAUUUUAUGCAGGACAGUUGUAACCUGUAACCCUUUCAAGUUUUCUUAGCACUUCUAUCUUUUCCCCCCUUACCCUGGAAUAUUUAAGGAAGAACAGAUGGAAUAGCUGCUUCAUGUCUUUGAUAGUUAGCCCUUGGAGCUGUCUGGAAGAAUGCAUGGGCAAAGUGGACAGGAAGGCAGGAGCUCUGGAAUCCUGGCAUGGGGUGGAA